AUGUCGGCGACGGGGCCCAUCAGUAACUAUUACGUGGACUCGCUCAUCUCUCACGACAAUGAAGACCUCCUAGCGUCCAGGUUUCCGGCCACCGGGGCUCACCCUGCCGCCGCCAGACCCAGCGGCUUGGUGCCGGACUGUAGCGAUUUUCCGUCCUGUAGCUUCGCGCCCAAGCCGGCUGUAUUCAGCACGUCGUGGGCGCCCGUGCCCUCGCAGUCGUCCGUGGUCUAUCACCCUUACGGCCCCCAGCCCCACCUCGGCGCCGACACGCGCUACAUGCGGACUUGGCUCGAGCCGCUGUCCGGCGCCGUCUCCUUCCCCAGCUUCCCAGCCGGGGGCCGUCACUACGCCCUCAAGCCCGACGCCUACCCCGGGCGCCGCGCCGACUGCGGCCCGGGCGACGGCCGCAGCUACCCGGACUACAUGUACGGCUCUCCCGGGGAACUGCGCGACCGCGCCCCGCAGACGCUGCCCUCGCCCGAGGCGGACGCGCUGGCCGGCAGCAAGCACAAAGAGGAGAAGGCCGACCUGGACCCUAGCAACCCCGUGGCCAACUGGAUCCAUGCCCGUUCCACAAGGAAGAAGCGCUGCCCCUACACCAAGUACCAGACGCUGGAACUGGAGAAGGAGUUUCUCUUCAAUAUGUAUUUAACUAGGGACCGUCGGUACGAGGUGGCCCGUGUUCUCAAUCUCACUGAGCGGCAGGUCAAAAUCUGGUUUCAGAACCGGAGGAUGAAAAUGAAAAAGAUGAAUAAAGAAAAAACCGACAAAGAACAAUCCUAAACCCUGCCCCAGCCUGCUGCCUCGGCACAGCCAAGGGAAACACAAAAACCCCACCAAAAAAUGCCCCAACUCAGGCGGGAGAAAGCACGAAAAGAAAAGGAAAGAACAAGAUAGAGAAAAGCCCAACGUCUUAAAAA